GGUUGUUGGUUGCAGUUUUUCGACAAGGCACAAAAUCAACCAACACUUUCGGACACCACUACGCUUUCUUGACGAAAGCAUUUAUCGUUUGCUCAGCUGAUAUUGUUUCCAAUAGCGUUGUCUAGUUGAGUGCUUUGACUUUACAGUUAGGCCUUUAGAAUGGCGGAAGAUAAGUUGGAAAUAGAUUGGGGUACGGACAAGUUGAACAGAGCCCAGCAAACCAUCAUCGAUAGCCCCUAUGACCUCGAAGCAUGGAGCCUCCUUAUCAGAGAAUCCCAAAUCAAAUGGAUCAACGAUGUACGGCCUCUCUUUGAGAAGCUGGUAACGACAUUUCCGAGCUCUGGGCGAUACUGGAAAAUAUAUAUUGAACAAGAAAUGAAAGCCAGGAAUUUUGAAAAAGUUGAAAAGUUAUUUCAAAGAUGUCUAAUGAAAGUUCUUAACAUUGAUUUGUGGAAACUUUACCUCACGUAUGUUAAAGAAACUAAAGCUUCCCUUGCUUCCUACAAAGAAAAAAUGGCCCAGGCGUAUGAUUUUGCUCUUGAAAAAAUUGGAAUGGACAUUCAGUCAUACUCCAUAUGGAGUGAUUAUGUCAAUUUUCUGAAAGGAGUAGAGGCUGUUGGGUCAUAUGCAGAGAACCAAAAAAUAAGCGCUGUUCGCAAAGUUUAUCAAAGAGGCGUUGUAAACCCAAUGUUAAAUAUAGAACAGCUAUGGAAAGACUAUAUGGCAUUUGAGCAAGCAAUAAAUCCCAUCAUUGCUGAAAAAAUGGGUAUGGAGAGGUCAAAAGAUUACAUGAAUGCUCGGCGUGUCGCAAAGGAACUCGAGGCUGUCACACGCGGUCUGAACAGAAAUAUUCCAAGUGUACCACCUAUGGGAACGUUGGAGGAGUUGCGUCAGGUUGAUUUGUGGAAAAAGUACAUUGCAUGGGAAAAAAGCAAUCCUUUGAGAUCUGAGGACACUUCUCUCAUUACUCGAAGGGUGAUGUUUGCAUUUGAACAGUGUCUUCUUUGUCUGGGUCACCAUGCUGAUGUUUGGUACGAAGCCGCUCAAUUUCUAGACCAAAGCUCUAAAAUCUUGACAGAAAAAGGGGAUGUAACGGCUGCUAAGCUCUUCUCUGACGAAGCAAGUGCAGUGUUUGAAAGGGCAACCGGUUCUCUGCUCAAGAGUAACAUGCUGCUUUACUUUGCAUAUGCGGAUUUUGAAGAAGGAAGAAUGAAAUACGAAAAGGUGCAUCAAAUAUAUGAAAAGUUUUUAGAAAUGGAAGAUGCUGAUCCCACUCUGGCAUAUAUACAGUACAUGAAGUUUGCCAGAAGAGCAGAAGGUAUCAAAUCUGCCAGAACUGUCUUCAAGAGAGCUCGAGAAGAUAACCGAUCACAUUUUCAAGUUUAUGUCGCUGCUGCACUCAUGGAGUACUACAGCAGCAAAGACAAAAACAUAGCAUUUAGGAUUUUUGAGUUGGGUUUGAAGAAGUUCCCUGACAAUCCAGAAUAUGUUCUAUGCUACAUAGAUUACCUUUCACAUCUCAACGAAGACAACAAUACAAGAGUCUUAUUUGAAAGAGUGUUAUCUUCAGGCAGUUUAGAAGCAGAAAAAUCUGUUGAAAUUUGGAACAGAUUUCUGGAGUUUGAAUCAAAUAUUGGAGAUUUAGCAAGUAUAGUCAAGGUGGAGAGGAGACGAGCCGCUGUCCUGGAGAGUAUCAAAGAAUUUGAAGGAAAAGAGACUGCACAACUCGUAGACCGGUACAAAUUCUUGGAUUUGUUCCCAUGUACACCAUCAGAAUUAAGAUCGAUAGGCUACAACAUGGUCACAGCAUCAAAGACAUACCACUCAAGCAGUGCAGAUGCAGAUGAUGAGCCUGCCAGUUUACCAAAACCAGAUCUCUCCCAAAUGGUUCCCUUUAAACCUAAAUUUAAAAGCAUUCCUGGUGAUCAUCCUGUCUCAGGUGGUGUAUUUCCCUAUCCUCCCGCUGUGGCACAGUUGUGUUCCAAUUUGUGUCCUCCUGACUGUUUUCAUGGGCCAUUUGUUGGUGUUGAUGCCUUAAUGGAACAGUUAUUACGAAUUGAAAUACAUUGUUCGACACCUUCUGCAGACAAUGGACAUGAUGUCAAACUUUUUGACAUGGCUAAAAGUGUUCACUAUAUAAAUGGUGACGGAAAUGGAGGUGAAGGGUUUAUUACUGUUAAGAGAAAAAAGCGCUUGGGAGCUGAUGACAGCGAUGAUGAUGACAUGGGGAUUCCCCCGCCUGCAAACGAUAUUUACCGCCAACGUCAACAGAAAAGAGUCAAGUAGUGAUCACCAAGUUACCAAAAACUAGAAACCCUGCUUGCAAAUCACAGAGAUUUUUUUAUUUUCUCCAUGUUUGUGCCUAUCACUGGGGACAACAGAAAUGCCCACCCACUACUCAAGCAAACUUUCUUGAGGGCUUUGUUUGAGUUUGCACACUGAGAUUUGCACUUGUGGUCAUUGUAAAAUUUUUGUUUAUUCAUCUUUGAGAAAUUUGAGUUCCAUCACAAUCAUUUGUAACUAAAUCACAUCCUAGCAAGUACACAAUAUUUUAUACCCAAGAGUUUUAUGACUAUUGCUAGGGAAUUGUACAGAGUUUCUUUCCUUCUUACCCUAUUUUCAUUUUUGUUUUUGUUCUUUGAACACUUCUACUAAAGUAUUGUGAAAAAGCCUUUUCUUUGAUUUUCAUGACAAGUUAACUUGUCAAAUGCUGGAGCAGCUUGCAUGUGGCCCACUGUACAAUUCUCAUUCUACUACUUCUGGAUUUUGUGAAUGUGUCAAGCUAGUCAGUGCAUUCAUCUGCAAAUUUAAAACAUUCCAAGAUUUUCCAGUUCUCAUGCAGCUGCCAUCGCUCAUGUAUUUUAUUCAAGAUACAAUCUUAAAAUUCUUUAAAUGGUUUUGAUCAUAUUUCAACUUAGCAGAUGAAUAGAUUAUUUAAGGAUGCUGACAUUAAAUUUGGCUUUGCUCUUCUUAUAUAUGUAUAUAUAUUAGUUUUCUGGUCUUCAUUUAUUCUCAAGCAGGUUCAAGUCAUAAUAUUUUUUUCAGAAAAUAAAAUUAUGGACUAAGAAUGGAAAUUCAGAUAGAGCAAUUUUGACAAAUAUUUCUGCCCAUCUUCAUUGUGAUUUUCUAUGAAUAAGAAUAUUGACAGUCAGAAAGGACACUAUCACCUAAGAUGUGUUUUAUUAUCUGUACAUAAUGUUGUAUUUGUAGUAAUAAAAGAAAUUAUUUGUGUAAAUAAAGUGAAUGUUUUACAUUAA